AUGGAAAAGGAUAAUGGUUUCGACGAGUAUUGAAGAGAAGUGUUUGAAGACGGACCCUUCUCAGGCUACCAUGCUGAGAUCCAUGUCAUUCAUGGAAAGCAGAAAGAUGUUGUGGUUGCUAAUGACAUCGAAGGGAAAGCUAAGAGGGUUAUAAACUUUUGUUCAAACAACUACACUGGACUCGCAGCUGAUGACAGGAUCAUUGCUGCUGCAAAGAGAACUUUGGAUACUCAUGGAUAUGGCCUCUCAUCAGCUCCGCUGAUGUGUGGGUUCCAGGAUAUCCAUCAACAGCUCGAGAGGGAGCUCUCUGAGUUCCAUGGAACUGAUGACACUCUUCUGUAUCCAUCAGGUUAUCAUACGAAUGUAGGAUUAUUUGCAGCCUGCUUUGGAGAAGAAGAUGCUAUCUUCUCAGAUGCAUUAAACCAUGCCUCUAUUAUUGAUGGUAUCAAACUCUCUAAGGCAAAGAGGUUCGUCUUCAGACAUCUGGAUCUUGACCAUCUUGAAGAACAGCUGAAGGCUGCUAGUGACUACAGGUUCAAAUGCAUCGUCACUGAAGGUAUUUUCUCUAUGGACGGGGACAUCCUUGAGCUUCCUAAAUAUGUAGCCUUGGCUAAGAAGUAUGGAGCUGUCUUCUAUCUUGAUGAGUGCCAUGCUACCGGUGUAAUUGGAAAGACUGGCAAAGGAACUGUUGAGUACUGGGGAAUGGAUCCAAGCGAUGUUGAUUUAAUUAGUAGCACUCUAGGAAAAGCCAUCUCUGGAGGUGGUGGUGGAUACACUACAGGAAAGAAAAACAUGAUUAGUUAUCUGAGACAAUGCUCUAAGACUUUCAUCUUCUCCAAUUCUCUUUGCUCUCCUAUUAUUGGAGCUUCCUUGGAGACGCUCAAGAUCUUCAGAGAGGACCCAGGAAUCUUCGAGAGAAUCAAAGAAAAAGGACUCAGAUUUAGAAAGGGAAUUAAAGCGGCAGGGUUCGAUGUAUAUGGAGAUGAUGAUUGCCCUAUCUGCCCAGUCUCUGUCACUGAUGAGCAUUUCGCAAGACACUUCGAAGUUGAGUUGUUUAAAAGAGGGUAUUAUACCAUCGGGCUUGGAUUCCCAAUCUUUGAUCAAGGUUUAGCCAGACUAAGAAUCAUUGUCACAGCUACCCAUACCAAUGAACAGAUUGAUGGUCUCAUUGAAGCCUUCAAGGAAGUUGCUAAGGAGUGCAACUUCUGGGAGAAUCUCAGAGGAUAUAGACAGAAGGUCGAGGAUGGGCUCGUCAUUGGCAAACCAGAUUGGUGGAAGCCAUUAGCUGCCAAGCUUUAAUCGUAGUUAGUACGUAAUUAGGUCCAAAUUUAAACGUGUCUUCA